AUGGCGGACGACGCUGAGCUCGCCUUCCUCGAGGCGCAAAAGGACGAAUACGACCCUUCAGCCGGUUACACCAUGCCCGACGCUGCCGCUGGACAGGACGAGUACGACCCCGCCGCCACAUACUCGCCGCAGUCCUACCAGUCGGCAUCGAUGCAGCCAGAAUCUGGCGCAAACUCACCACCGGCCGCCGACGCCGAGGGCGAGAAUGGGGUGCAGCCUCAGCCUACUCAGACCUCCACAGAAGGCUCCGCAGCGCCGCCGUCGAAGCGACCGCGCACUGUGGGUGGUUUUGUCGACGAGAGUGAGGACGAGGAAGAGGAGCCCGCUGUGCAGCCGCAAGAGGCGAAUGCUACACUGAGUGCUACUGGAGCUUCAGAGACUCCCCAGCCAUCUUUUACAAACUCUCCAAACAAUACACUCCCAAACCCAGAUGUACAGUUACAUAGUGCACAAGAUCAGGCUCCCGCUUCCAUCUCUGCUUCUGUCGCUGUCAAUGAGCCUGCUCCCUCUGUUGCUUCUCUUCCUAACGGCAGUACGCCUGUUGCAGACGCUACUAAGCCAGGUGCUCCCGACGUCAUGACUGCUGCUUCGGCACGCCCGUCUGUAGCCCCAGCUACUCCAGCUCCUAUGUCUGCUUCUCUACCAAAGGCUCGUCUUCCUCAGGACCGAGUGGGUAUUCUCGAAGAUCGCAUUGCUGAAGAUCCGCGUGGUGACAUCGAAGCGUGGUUGAGUCUAAUUGAGGAGCACCGUAGGCGACACAAGCAUGACGACGCACGAGCUGUCUUUGAGCGCUUCUUCAAGAUCUUCCCUUCAUCAGGCGAGCAAUGGGUCGAGUACAUUGCCUUUGAGACGGAGCUUGACGAGCUGCCAAGAGUCGAACACCUCUUCGGUCGCUCUAUUCCUUCAGCCCAAUGGCUCGGCAUCUACUCUGCUUACAUCGACUUCAUCCGUCGCCGCUUCAACCUUACCACUGACCAAAAUGGACAGAACCGCCAGACCGUCACACAAGCUUACGAGUUCGUCCUUACUUCAGUCGGUCUGGAUGUUCAUGCCGGAAAGCUUUGGCUUGACUACAUCGAGAUGCUCAAAUCUGGGCCUGGUGUUCUCGGUGGCAGCAGCUGGCAGGACAUGCAGAAGAUGGAUACUCUGCGCAAGGUAUAUCAACGCGCUGUUUCAGUACCACACAACGCGACCCUAGAGAUCUGGAGAGACUACGACAGGUUCGAGACAAGUCUGAACAAGGUCACGGGCCGCAAGCAACUCCAAGAAACCUCGCCUGCCUACAUGACUGCACGCAGCGCCAUCAACGUCCUCGACAACAACAUCACAAGGGGCGUCAACCGAACCACACUACCCAAGCUGCCACCCGCCGCCGGCUUCGAUGGCUACGAGGAGUACAUGAACCAAGUGAAGCUAUGGAAGAACUGGAUUCAGUGGGAGAAGAGCGAUCCGCUUGAGUGCGCUACAGACAACCGGGAGUUGUACAACAAGCGUGUACUCCACCUGUACAAGAAUGCGCUCAUGGCCCUCCGCUUCUGGCCAGAACUGUGGUACGAAGCAGCUGAGUGGUGCUACGAGAACAACAUCCAGGCUGAGGGCGACAAAUUCCUCAACGACGGCAUCGAUGCGAACCCUGAGAGCUGUCUCCUCGCUUUUAAGAAGGCCAACCAGGUCGAGCAACGCACCGACUUCGAAGAUGGUCAAGCGGGUAUCGUUGCUAAGGGCAAGGCUGUACGAGAGCCAUACCAAAGGCUUCUCGAUACCAUCUACGAUCUCACAGCACAAGUCAAGAAGCGAGAGGAACACUCAAUUUCCCGUGCGAAAGAACAAUUCGAGGCACAGAAGGCUGCCGACGAAGCUGCCCGCGCAAUCGCACAACAGAACGAGGAUGCUGACGACGAGGACGAAGUUGUUGCUGCGCGUCGCUUGAAGGAGAAGGAGGACGCUUUCGCCCUUCAACUCCAGGCCAUGUCCGCCGGGUACAAUGCGCAAACACAGAACCUUAAGAAGACACUCACGUACACAUGGAUAGCUCUCAUGCGGGCUAUGCGCCGUGUUCAGGGCAAAGGAGAUCCCAGGGGCGAGAUUGGUGGCUUCCGUGGCAUCUUCACCGAGGCUCGCAAGAAGGGCAAGCUGCUGAGUGAAGCCUACGUCGCUAGUGCGCUCAUUGAGCAUCACUGCUACCAGGAACCAGCCGCACAGAAGAUUUUUGAGCGCGGUAUGAAGCUGUUCCCUGAGGAUGAGCAGUUUGCGUUGGAAUACAUUAAGCAUCUCAUCAAGCUCAAUGACUCUACCAAUGCUCGUGCCGUCUUCGAGACAGUCGUUGGCAAGCUCACGGCCAAGCCUGAGACUGUUCAUAGGGCUAAGUCGCUUUUUGCCUUCUUCCAUGAUUACGAAGCUCAGUUUGGCGAGCUGGCCCAGAUCACAAAGCUUGAGCAGCGCAUGGCAACUCUCUUCCCUGAAGAUCCUCAGCUGCACCGCUUCUCGCAGCGCUUCGCGACCCAGACCUUCGACCCGAUCUCCGUCCGUCACAUCAUCUCGCCUCGCACACAGAUGAAGCCCGUCAUGCCAGCGACCAUGCCAUCGGUUAUGCCCUCCAUCGAAGAGCAGCAGCAACAGCAGCAGCAGCAGCAACCGAUGCCUGCGCUACCACCCCAAAUCGUAGCCGAACAACAGCGCCUCGCGUCUCCCGGCAUUGCGAACUCCCCACACCUCGGAAACCUCAUGCCUGUCACGAACUCACCAAAGCGCCCUCUCGAUGACGCGGACGACGGUGGACAGCCUCGCAAGCUUGUUAGGGGCGAGUCACCGCUCAAGGGUGCGGCAGGUCGCCGUCUCGAUGCUGCACGCCGCAACCUAGCCACCACCGGUGCGACACCCGUUGGCCAGGCUCCCGGCCCGCCACCUCUGCCUCGUGGCGUUAACUUCCUCCUCGGCAUCAUUCCUCCUGCAAGCACAUACAAGGAGACGCGCUUCAAGGCUGAUGGGUUGGUGGCUCUGCUGCGAAGCGUUGAUGCCAUUCCAGUUCCACCGGGCCAGGGUCCUCCGCAGCCACAGCGCUGGGGCACCACCCCGACAACAGCACAGCAGCUGCAGAGCAUACAAGAGAAAUACGGCAAUGGUGGGCACAUGCCCAUGCACCCAGCUAUGGCGGGCGCAAACGCUUGGGGGCCUUAG